GCAGCGAUGUACAAUGUAGAUGUAGAUGUAGAUGGUAAUAUUGUACAAUACACGAAAUUAAUAAAUGAUUAGAAUCCGGAUAUUGAUAUUCGGACAACUGAUGAAUUAUCCAUGAAUUAUUAACAGUUUACAAGGGUACCAUGAAUGGAUGAAAUCAGAAGAGUUGCAGACACUUACAGCAUCUGAACCUUUGUCUCUUGAACAGGAGUAUGAAAUGCAACAAGCCUGGCGAAAUGAUGAAAAUAAGUGCACAUUCAUUGUGUUGGAUAAAAGCAAGUAUCACGGAAGUGUCAGUACAGAAAUAGAAAGCAUGGUAGGAGAUGUUAACUUGUUUUUUAAUGAAGCUGACGAUAAUACCACUGCAGAGAUUGAAAUAAUGAUUGCUGAGCCCUUGGCACGGGGAAGAGGGUUUGGAAAAGAGGCCCUGCUUUGUAUGAUGAUAUUUGGAUUUGAAGAAUUAUCCAUACGUAGAUAUACAGCCAAGAUUGGUUAUUCAAAUGAAACAAGCCUAAAGAUGUUUUCAAAGUUGGGCUUCACAGAGGUGUCUCGCAGUGAGGUAUUCAAAGAAGUAACACUUGAGUUGAGAGUGAUGGACUCAGUGAUAGCAGACUUCUUGCAGGGCUCAGAACUGUACUGCCAUGAAGAGUAUACCCAUACCUGAUACCUGUUAGUGUUACAGACCUGUACUGCCAUGAAGAGUAUACCCAUACCUGAUACCUGUUAGUGUUACAGACCUGUACUGCCAUGAAGAGUAUACCCAUACCUGAUACCUGCAGACCUGUACUGCCAUGAAGAGUAUACCCAUACCUGAUACCUGGUAGUGUUACAGACCUGUACUGCCAUGAAGAGUAUACCCAUACCUGAUACCUGUUAGUGUUACGUUUAUUAUUUAAUUGUGUAUAGACUUUUAUAGAAUUAAAUAUAAUUUUCUU